CCCGUCCAACUCGUCUCCUAACAACCAGUUACCAGAGGCCGGUCCUCUUCCCAAAGCCGGUGUUCCGCCACCGCUACCGCUACCGCCGCCUCUACGUGGGCGGUCGGCCUGACCCUGACGCCUAUUCAACCACUUCCGCAUGGGCCGCCGCCAGACACCUUCGUUGCCAGGACUCCCGAAGUGGCGAUGUGGUUGCCUCCUUGCCCCCACCUGGCCUGGCCACCUGCCAGGGUUUAGUCACGAAGAGAAGAAGAAGAGGCGCGGAGCUUGGCCGGAAGCCAGGAAGGUGGCAGACCGAGCCCAGCAGCUUCUGAGAAGGAUAGUCGACGAUGACAGGAGUCCGGAGACCACUGCCGUUAUGAUUUGAUUUACAGCGCUCGUGGAAUCGGACUCUGACCAGGUCCAGGUGUUAUUCUGGAUAUUGCUGAUGGAAAUAAAAAGGUACUCUCUCGUAUCUGCUUGGUCAAGGAGACUUGUGUUUUAUGCCCAAUUGAUAUGCUUAGCGUGUACAUUUCUCUGGUGUAUGUUUGGUUAUAGUUUUGUAAGGUCAAUCCUAAUCGUUAUGUUAAAUUGACUGUAUCCUCUCUGCCAAGUAUGACAUCUUGGACAUAGAUGCAGAAGCAAUCAGCUCUAGUUGAGCACGAGUCUUGAGGUAUUAAAUCACGUGUCGACAUAAUCUAUACUGUUUGUGUUUGGAUGGUCCAAUUUUUCUAUUUGAGUCUCUAGAACUUCACAACGUGAGGUUCAUGAACAACAAUUCAAGGACAUAAUCUUUCAAUUUGCAUGGAAGGGUCAUGUACAUUUAGCAUUCAAGGACAAUUCGGUAGUGCAUUCUUGUACUUAAUAAAAGGUACUACAGCAAAGAAUAAAAGAUAGGCCUGCAAAGAACUAUAAGACAUUUGUGAUGAACUGAUGACCAAAGGAAGAAAAGUAAGAAAAAAGAGUGAAAUGCACGAGUGGCCCUUCAACUUAUCAUGGUGUAUCAUUGUGGCCCAUAAACUUUGAAACUUCAGGAUUGACUUGUUAAAUGUAUGAUCCAUGUCCAAACUUCCAAAAUACCCCUACUGUUAUUGAUGUGGUAUGCAAGUGCGGAGAUUUUUUUAUUGACAAAUCAAAAUCGAAGAAGAAAAUAAAAGGAAAAGUAUCCGCCAAACUCUCAUGAAGCAGACUAAAGAAGAAUAAAGUGUCUUAUUUGUCGCUGCAAACUUUUACCAUUUGUUAUUUCUAUCAAUGUCUCACACCUCUGUCACUAGCAGUGGCAAAAACAAGUGCAAAAUCAUAAUGGUAGGAAAAGAAUUUAUCCAAGAAAAAACUCAAAAUACAAAUCCAAAGAGCUUUUUAUAAGAAAUUUUAACUGAACACAUCUCCAUCUUGUCAAUGCCACAUUAGAAACCCUAGAGGCAUUUUGGGUACUUUGGAAAUUUUAAGACCCCAAAGUGCAGUUUCAAAGUUUAUAGACCUGGAUUACAGUCCAUAGCAAAUUUAAUAACCGCAUUUGACUCAAAUAAAAACUUAGUGUUACUUUUUUAAGGGAAAAACUGUUUAGAUUAUUUUACCUAUUAGUUGCCUUCUAGCAACACACUCUACAUGUUUAAUACUUAAAAAAGUAAAUAAUUAUACUUAUUAUGUGAUACAAUAGCUCACAGUACAAAGUAACCAAUCACGAUUAUGCAAAUUGCUGAAAAGCAAAAACUCGACCUGUUCUUUGUGUGUAAUUACCAAAGCAAUGCCAAAUGAAAACAUAUUUUAUACCUUGUGGAUUUCACAUUGCACUCAUCACAAGUUGCCAACUUGUCCACAGAAUAUUAUUAUGCAUUGUUGUGUUGUCCAGGUACUCCAUUUGGUUCGUGCACCCACAUAUAUUCCAAUGCAGAACAUCAUUUGCAUCCAACUUGUCCACUCACCAACUCAACUUGCACUAUAGUAACUUGUUAUUGUAAUAAAUUAGCUCACCUAGAACAACCCAAUUGUAGUACAAAUAUGCAAGCACAAACUUAACUGCAUCAAGUCAUUAGCCGAAGCUACCACCCACCCUUGUAUCCCCCAUCUCCAUUGUUAGACUCUUGGCUAGAAUUCUUGCCAUGUGCGGCGGGGCCAUUCUCAGUGAUCUCUACUCGCCAGUAAGGCAGAAGGUUACUGCUAAUCACCUAUGGACAGAGAGUGGCAGCAGUAAGAGUGGGAAGAACUGGAAAAGGAAGAGUUCUUGGGAGUUUGGUGAAGAUGACUUUGAGGCUGAUUUCGAGGGAUUUGAGGAUGGUGAUAGCGAGGAAGAUGUGGAUUUUGUACAUGAGGGCCAAGAGUUCCAAACGAACAGUUCGAAUCUCGUGGUGGGGUCCAAUGUUCAUACUGCCAAAGUCGCCAGCAGGAAGAGAAGGACACAGUAUCGUGGGAUCCGGCGGCGCCCUUGGGGCAAAUGGGCAGCUGAGAUCAGAGACCCACGCAAGGGCGUCCGAGUCUGGCUUGGCACCUACAGCACCGCUGAGGAGGCUGCAAGAGCCUACGACACGGCAGCCUGGCGCAUACGUGGCAAGAAAGCCAAGGUGAACUUCCCCAGCGCCAUCACAAAUCCCGAGAAACGCCGCCGGGGGCGUGUGGCUCGGCCACGAAAGAAGAUUGCAUCCCAGGAGACGCUGAAGCUCAACGACGCCUCUGAUGAUCAUGUCAUCUCAGCAGGCAGCAGCACUGAUGAUGCCACUGCCGUCAAGCUUGAGUUGCCAGAGUCGGCUUCUCCGCCACCCAUGUCCAGCGCAUGGCUUGAUGCGUUUGAGCUGAAUCAGGUCAAUGAGUUAAGCUACCUUGAAGUUGAAGAAACUGUUGGUGAGACUAGGGUGACAGAUACGGUCUUUGGCAAUGGCGAAGUGAGGCCUGCCGAUGAUUUUGUGUAUUAUGAUCCUUUCCCGGACUUCGUGCAGUUACCUUACCUCGAAGGUAACUCAUAUGAAAACAUCGACGUGCUUUUCAACGGCGACACCGUUCAGGAGGGCGUCAACAUUGGAGGUCUGUGGAGUUUCGACGACGUGCCAAUGGACCACGGUGUUUACUGAGACGCAACAGCUCAAGGAUCAUAGUUUCAGGUUGGGGCGAGGGAAGGACCGAGCUUAUUCAGACGAUGAUGAUUGCAGUGACAUACUGACAUUCCUGUGGAAGUGUGGUGCUAUUCCAAGAUGAUUUCGUAAUCCUUGUUGGGGUUCCUGAGUGUGAUGGGUGCUGAAGAUAGAUUUGCGAGAAUAGAAACAUGUUUACUGCUGUGUAAUUAUGGCUUUUUUCCUGUUAUCAUGCUCUUUUCGACAAAUUAAUUGUUGUUCUAUGAUCACCGUUUCAGGUGAUGUUGUAUCUUGCUACUGUUGAUCUGAUGGAAGCACCAGUAUUGGUGGUUAAAUUCAAUCCAACUGAACCUGUUCAUCUUGUA